AUGCAGGCUUUACUCUCCUCCUACUCCAACACCCUGAUUGCCCAUGUUUUGGUGGCUCUCUUAUUCGGCACCCUCCUGGUGAGUACCGAUAAUUCCAACCUUUCGCAUUUUUUUGCAAGGGCUCUCUACAACCUGUUCCUCCAUCCUCUAGCCCAUGUGCCUGGGCCUCUCUGGGCACGGGCAAGCGGAAUACCCUCGUGGUACCAUGCCUCCACGGGCAAACGCCACAUCUGGCUCUGGCAACAGUUCCAGAUCUAUGGGCCCAUCAUCCGCCCUGGGCCGAACACGGUGCUCUUCAGCGACCCACAAGCCUACGCCGAUAUAUACGGAAUGAAAUCGAACGUGCGACGAAGCCCCUUCUACACUGCGCUUCAGCGAAAAAGCAACGAGAGCACGACGCUUAACACCGUUGACGUCGCCGAGCACGCGCGCAAACGCAAGCUGCUUAGCCUGUGCUUCACCGAUAAGUCACUGCGGGCCUCCUCGGACUUCAUUUAUCAGGCACGUCGACCGCUGGAAUGA